AUGAAUCUGUUUUUUUUACUUCCAGGACACAAUGCAGAUGACAUAGCUGAGACUGUGAUUAUGAAUGUACUGAGAGGUGACAUUGGAAGAUUACAGAGGUGUACAGCAAUCACCACGGGUACUGAGGGAGCCCUCCCCAGAAGUAAACCAUUCAAGUAUACAUACGAAAAAGAGAUUGUCAUGUAUGCCUACUUUAAGAAACUGGAUUACUUCUCCACGGAGUGUAUAUACUCACCCAAUGCUUAUAGGGGAUUUGCUAGGGCUUACAUAAAAGACUUGGAAAAAAUCCGACCUAGUGCAAUAAUUGACAUUAUUCACUCUGGGGAGAGUUUGUCAGUGAAGAAAGCAGUGAAGCUUCCAGUACAAGGUACUUGUGAGAGGUGUGGCUAUAUCUCCAGUAAUCCCCUGUGUAAGGCCUGUAUUCUAUUGGAGGGACUUAACAGAGGACUGCCAAGACUUGGAAUUGGGAAAAGUCACAAAGAGAGACGUAAGCUGAAUGAAAUGUUGGCCCAGAAGACGGAAGCUAAUGACAUUGGUACAAAUACAGACACUUCUAAAGAGACCACUGAUGAUGCAUCAGGAACACUAGCAACAGAGAGCUCAGAAUCACAAAACACACAGAAAAAAUGUGAAAACUGUUCAUGUGGUAGUGGUUGUUUGUCAGAAAAACUAGAGAAAGUUCAGCUGGACAGAAGAAAAAUAGAGCCAGCUAUGAUAGAUUUCUGAUAUAUGGGAUUACUUAGAUGGAUUGAAAUGCAGUUGAUGUUUUUCUCAGUUCAAGUACAGAAAAAAGCCUACAAGAUUACUGU